AUGGUAAGUGUGCCUUUGUCGACUCUAACGCAGUUUUCCGGUUUUGGACUUGGCUUUGGCGAGCCCUCGUUUCCGCUCGUGCAAGGAUUCGACGACUAUUUCCGGUGUUACCCCAUCGCAAUGAUGUCUGAUUUGACCCGCAAAGACGAUGCCAAUUACGGGGGCAAAAUCUUUCUCCCGCAAUCGGCGCUCCACAAGCUCACAAUGCUCAACAUCCGGUACCCGAUGCUGUUCCACAUCAGUUCUGAGGGCUCGGGCAAGUCCACGCAUAGCGGAGUGCUCGAGUUCACCGCUGAGGAAGGCCGGUGCUAUUUGCCACAAUGGAUGCUCGACACUAUUCAGGUGGAGCCCGGCUCGCUUGUGAAUAUCAAAACAGCAGACCUGCCGCAAGGAUCGUUUGUCAAGCUGGAACCGCAAAGUGUGGACUUUCUCGAUAUCAGCGACCCAAAAGCCGUUUUGGAGAACGCUUUACGAAAGUUCACGACACUCACCGUGGACGACAUAAUUGAGGUCAACUACAACGACCAGAUCUACAAGAUCAAGAUCCUGGAGGCCAAGCCAGAAAGUUCCAGCCGCGGGAUCUGUGUGAUUGAGACCGAUCUCGAAACAGACUUUGCUCCGCCAGUUGGCUACGUCGAGCCAGACUACAAGGCAUUACAGGAAGAACAGGCCAAACAGAAGAAAACAAAGGCCUUGUCGCAGCCGUCGCUGAAAGGAACAGGCUCAAUGGCUCAGCAGAUCAAUUAUGGAGAGAUGAUUAGACAGGCUAACAGAGGCCAACAGAAGUUCCAGGGCGAUGGAGUCAAACUGUCGGGCAAAAAAGUGGCUCACGAGCAGGAGCCGGCUAUAAAUACAGCGGACAUCGAUCUGAGCGGCCCGAUCCGCAAGCUCGAGCUGCCGGACGGGUAUUUAUUCUUUGGAUUCCCCGUCAAGGUGUAUAAGGACGAGUUCGAGGAAAAACGGCCUCAGGAAAAUAAGCCGCACUUCGAGGGCCAGGGCCAGUCCCUGCGCAACAGCAAGAAACGGAAGGACAAGAACAAAACGUUCCCUGCCGUCAAGGACAAGGCGCGGUCGCCAGAAACAAUCGUCAUCGACAGCGACUAG